AAGGUUUUAAUGUGACACCGCGUAUUGGCAGUCCCUGUUAAAAAGAACCAAAAGAGCUGCGGAAGCUGUAAAUCGGGAACAAAAACAAAGUUGCUGGAAAAGUUCAGCAGGUCUGGCAGCAUCUGUGGAGGAGAAAACAGUUAACGCCUCGGGUCCGGUGACCCUUCCUCAGAACUGUUCCUGUUGCUUUUGUCGGCUCUGGGCCGCGGGUCAGUGAUUCUUCGGCCCGUCUUCCAGAGGAGGACUAUAGACCUUAAACCCUGUUUUCUCCCGGAAUCUUAAACGGUAACAGUAGUUUCCAAAAUGUCAGCUUCUAACCCCGGAGGACACAACUGGAACAGGAAAUCAGAGAAGAAAGAAGCUGAGGAGGAGGAGGAGGAUCCUGUGGAUCAGAUGAUUUCCAGGACGGGGUGUGCUGGCUUCCAUCGAGCUGUGAUAGAUUGUAUGGCAGAACAUCAGGACUGGCGGCAGUGCCAGCACUCUGUGCAUGACUUCAAACAGUGUAUGGCAGAAUACCAGCGUCUGCGAGCUAGCCAGCUUGGCCGACACAACCCCAACCCAGCUGGUAGCUGAAAUCAGGGUGAAUCAACAACCUUUUUUCUUUGUUCUUUCAGAUGCUCUCAAAAAUAAAAACAAAUUCCUAAAGA